CAUACAAUUAUAUCAUCUUUAAUUUCGGUGUCAUUUAUUUAACUUAUCUAACUGGCCGCGCUGACAUAUCUACAGAUCCUACAAUCGUCGACGUUAGUUUCGAGCUUCGCACCGUCGCGUCGCGACAUCCCACGUUCCAUUCCAGGCAUUCCCAGGUGUUGUCUUUCAGUUCGAUUCACGAUGGUUUGCGAUCUGUGGUUUCGCAUUCCGCUGCCACUGCCGUGAUAAAUGAUAAAGAUCUGAUGAUUUCUGAGUUUGUCAACCAUCUGUGACCGCUACUGACAGCCUGUAUCCGAUUACGGAGUGACGGUGUCGGCAUAAUCGCAUAAUCACCUUAGUUGUUUUAACGACAGCAGCAAGGAGAAAGUUCUGUCGCAACGUUCUGUCAAUUGCGUCAGGUAUGCAAGGAAUUGACUGCUGACUUUUCUCAGUUGACUUGGGUCUGUAAUGAUCAAGGAUAAAUAUAGUCCAAUUGACAUACUCUUCUGCUACCAGAUGUCAUGAUGAAGAGGUCGUUAAUUCUCUGAGGCAUCGCGGAUUGACCAAAGAUGUCAGAGCCUACAGAGAAUCAGAUGGAACAGUGCGACAUAGUCUUACCGAGACAAGGUCUGUUAUAUCAGACAGAUGCAUUGAAUUAUAUACUCUGUAAACCAAAGUUGAUCCCGUUGAAAUCAGUCACGUUGGAGAAACUCGAGAAGAUGCAGAAAGACGCGGAGAUUAAAGUCAAAGAGUCGCAAGAGGCAGAGGAUAGUCUUAAUGCAAGUGCAUAAGCAUUCAGCAGUGUCUAGAGAUCUAUAGAAUUCGUCGGAUAUCACUGUUGCACCAGAUAUUAAAGACAAAAUGGUGCUCGGUGCUUUCC